GAAGGGCGAGUGCGUCGGGAGCCCCACAGGCGCCACGCGAGUGCACCUUUCCAGGGUUGGGUCGGGGCUCUGGCCUAAGGUGCUCUCUCGAAGAGAGGGAGGACAGCCAGAGGCCUCGACGUGCAGUACUUGGUACUCAACGCGACGCGUUUUAUCCAUCUCCAUGCUCAUUUCCCCCCUUGUCUCCACCCCCUCGUCUUGCGCGCCGCCGAGAUACCGACAAGCCCGCAUGCGCGCCUGACAGCCAGCGGCCCAGACGUCGGCGGUUGCCAGAGGCAGAUGAAAGCCGCCGCCUGGCUGGCCGCGCUGGCCGCCGCGCGGGCGGCCUCGGCGCUCGGGCUGCGGCCCGGCCAGGCGCUCCCCGCGGCACCGGCGGCGCCCGGCGGCUGCGACCUGUGCGGGGGCAGGCAGCAGUGGCUCUUCAUCAUGGCCACCGGGAGGAGCGGCUCCACGACGAUGCUGGAGAUGCUCAACGCGGUCCCCGGGUUCUACCUGGCAGGGGAAAACUACGGCCUCCUGGAGAAGGUGUGGCAAAUCUACGAGUCGACCAUGAACGCAUCGCAGCGUGUCGAGGACGGAGACGCGAGGUUUCACGCAAACCCUGUGUCUGAGCACAGCCUUCUGUGCUCGCUGCAGCUGCUUGUGAAGGCAACCCUCGGCGAAUUUGCCGCAGAUCGGACGUCGGUGGUGGGAUUCAAGGAGAUCCGGCACACAUCGGGGAAGCAGCGCACCUUUUGGAAGAAGGUCUUCCCGUGUGCUCGCUUCAUCGUCAACACGCGCCGGAACACCACGAGGCAGCACAACUCACAGUUCCAGAAGUUUCUGUCCCUCUCCAGCCUCGAGGCCUAUACGAGCGACCUAGAGCAAUGGCAGGCGCGCCACCCAGAGUACGUGCACAAGCUGCAGCUCGAGAGCUACUCCGUGGGCGGCUUCAACCAGCUCCUGAGCAGGCUCGGGGUCUUCGGCUGCAACUUCACCGACAUGGCAUGGGCGAACAAGCGGGGCGAUUGGAGGGGUGACGACACCCACGCCCGGGUCAGCGGCAAUUGCCAGAUAACCCGCUGGGACACAACUGGAAUGGAUUCGCUAGGUCCGCAAGAUCUUAAUACGACGGUGCUGUGA